UAACUAAUGAGGAGAGAGGGAGAGAUAGAUCAGCGUGCGUCCCGCCUUCAACUCCUGACAGGCUUUCCAGAGCGCGCGCAGACCGGUGACCAGACAGAGCGCGCGAGGCUGCAGGUUGAUGUGUGCGUGCCAACACGGGAUAACGGCGCCGUACGAGACACACACACGUUAGAUCAACGGAGACGUCGUGUUGCCGCCGCGGUGGAUGCGGAGGAUGCCGGGAAAGGAUCCGGAGAGGAAAGCGCAAAAAGAAGUUUAACUUUGAUCCGGGACCGGAAAUCCAGUCUCAUCCGGUCAGACUUUAACGUGUGGAAACUUUAACUGGCUGAAGACAUCUCCUCACACUGGAUGUUUCAAAACAUUAAACUCUUUUAAAACAGUCUGAAUUGAGUUUUCACAGCUACCGUUUUUAUAAAAAACCCGGAUUCUUAAUUCAGCCUAUGGGAAAGGGAUGAACCGGGACAGAGCGGUACCGGGGCACGGAGCAGACGGGGUCCAGACUGUUAUUAGCCGGGACAGAGCCGUAGCAGGGCCCGUUGUUACGGACGCGGUCCAUCCCGUGAUGAGCCGGGACAGAGUGGCGCCGGCUCCGGGAGAGGGGCUCCAGACGGUGGUGGGCCCGGACAGCCAGGACAUCCUGGACGGAGGAGCAGCCGGGGAGAAGCGGCUCUUCUCCAACGCUUUGGCGGGAGGACGAGAUGCUCAGGCCGGGGAGAACCACUCGGAGCCUCCGCCGACGAACCCGGUUUUAGCGCCGCCACAGCAGGGCCCCACCGGGCACCGGACCACCUCCUUCUCCGUGCUGGACAUCCUGGACCCCAACAAGUUCACGAGCAACCGGCGGCUCCAGCAGCACGCGAGCAGCCGAGGAGAGCGCGAGCUGAGCGCGUGCGGAGGGACCGGGGAGCGCGAGCCCGGCCUGGAGCCCAGCAAAGGGUGCUACGGAGCUGAGGACUACCCCAGCAAGGAAAGCUUCGUGUACAGAAGUCCUGACGAGGAAGAUUACCACAGAUCUGGGACGCCGGACUCAGAGGCUCCAGACGGGCCGUACAGCAGCGAGGAGAGCAGCUCUGCUCUGCCCUCUAAUGAAGACAGAGACCUGAACCAGGACCCCGGCAGAGACACAGCGAGUCCCGGGGGAGGGUCCUCAGGCCAGAUCUCCAACAACCAGACCAACGGGGGUCAAAGUGCACAGGGCAAGCCCAAGAGGAAGCGUUCUGGCUCGGACUCCAAGUCGGGCAAGCCCCGCAGAGCCCGGACUGCCUUCACCUACGAGCAGCUGGUGGCGCUGGAGAACAAGUUUAAGUCGACGCGGUACCUGUCGGUGUGCGAGCGCCUCAACCUGGCUCUGUCGCUCUCCCUCACCGAGACGCAGGUCAAGAUCUGGUUCCAGAACCGCCGCACUAAGUGGAAGAAACAAAACCCCGGAGCGGACACCUCAGCCCCCACCGGCGCUGGAGGAGGAGGGGGAGGGUCAGGAGGAGGCAUGGGGGGUCUCAGCCCGCUCAGCCCCUCCCCACCCAUCAGCGGGCACCUGGCGAUGCACGCAGGCUACGGCGGACACCAUCACCCCCCCACCGGCAGCCUGGUCCAGCUGCCAUUCCUCACCGCCAGCCACGUCCUGUCCCCAUUCAUGUUGGGGACGCAGGGCUACGCCGCACCCGCCUUCUACAGCACACACCUGUAGACACCGACACCGACACACACACACACACACACACACACACACACACACACACACACUGAUACAGUGUGUGAAUGGACUGCGGCUCAGCAGACAGAUGGCGGCGGCGCUCGUCUCUUUUUACUACAAACAUUUGAAGGCUUUAAUUUGAUGCAUUAUUUUGAUAGAAUGUGAAUAUUUACCAGAAACUGUACAUAAAUCUACGUUCUAGCUCCGAAUGCUGUUUUAAAUAAACGUAAUAGACAAAUAGAUGAAUUCGUUGUUUAAAAUAAAAGACUGUAUGAAUAUUGGAUGUUUAUUUAUGACAUAAGGAAUGGCUUGAUCUAGUGUCAGUACCGUGUAACUCCAGCUGUGAUUGUUUUCAGUUCUGUUAUUUAUUGAGUUUGUUUCCAUCAAAUCCUUGGAUGUACUCAAUCAGCUCAACAUGAAAUCGUACUUUGAUAUUAAAACUAUGACAUUUAAACACCAAAAGCAAGCCCUGUAUACUCUUUUUAUAGUUUCAGAGGACAACAGGACACUGGGAUGUUUUUGUAUUUUAGUCCUUUCAUAGAGUGAAAACGCUCUUUAGUGUGUGUGUUGUGUAACUGGGCUAACAUCGGGGGGGGGGGUCCUCAAACCUUCUGGAUGAACUAGUAGAACUGUAACCCUGAUAUUAGUUUAUGAAGCUAGUUUUUGUCUUAACCUAAAGAUUAAAGCCACAGGACAGCUCACACCUGAUUUUAUAUUCACACAUAGAUGAUUUUGUUUUAUUCGUAUGUG